GUAUUUAGCAGUAGCAGCAGGACUGGUAUCGGCAUCGGCGCGUGGGAACGACGUCAGCUUGUCGUUACGCAUCUGGGGAGCGCGCGCGCCACAGCGUCCGCCGCAGAUCCCCGAGGGGUCGGGGAGAGGCACGAUGGAGGCGCUCGUGGUCACAGCGACGAGGGGCGCGUGAAGCUCGUUACUGCUGUCUCUGGCCCUGGGUGACGGCCCCAAUGGACGGUCGCGGUUGGCGCUGCUCCACCUGAGAGGGAGAGAGGGAGAUGGGGGACGGUGGCAGGCGGACGGGGAGUUUCACGGCCAGGACCCGCGUCUCCAAGGAGACCAAGCUCCGGCUGCGCGUGAUCUUCCUGGAUGAUAGUGAGCGCACGUUCGAGGUGGAGCAAAAGGUUUUAGGAGGCGACUUUUUCAACAAAGUGUGUGGUCAUCUGAAGCUGCUGGAGAAAGAGUACUUUGGACUGGAGUUCAGACACUGCAGCGGCAGCUAUGUAUACAGCAAACUAACAAACAUACCAAUAUAUACAGACCCACACAUACAGAGUCAACCAUGUAAUUCCCUUCUGUUGCAGGUCUGGUUGGAGUUACUGAAGCCACUGGCCAAACAGAUCAAGCACACCAACGAUCUGUUCUUCAGGUUUAUCGUCAAAUUCUUCCCACCAGACCCCGGGCAGCUCAAGAGAGGCCUCACCAGGUAUCUUUUUGCCUUACAGAUAAAGCAGGACUUGUCUAAUGGCAGCUUGACAUGUAAUGACAACAGUGCCGCCCUGCUGGUCUCCCACAUAUUGCAGUCAGAGCUAGGGGACUAUGAUGAUGAUCUGGACUGUCAGCAUUUAGAGAUGAAGCAGUAUGUCCCAAACCAGGAAUAUAUAGAUCACAAGAUCAUUAGGUUCCACAAGAAACACAGAGGCAUGUCUCCAGCAGACUCAGACAUCCAACUGCUGGAAGUGGCAAGGAAGUUGGACAUGUACAGCAUUAGGCCUCACCCAGCACACGAUGGAGAGGGAAUGAGAAUCAACCUGGCUGUCACACAUUCUGGAGUACUGGUCUUUCAAGGUAACACCAAAAUCAACACGUUUAGCUGGGCGAAAAUCCGCAAACUGAGCUUCAAACGCAAACAUUUCCUCAUCAAACUACACGACCAAGUCAGGCCAUCGUGUAAGGACACCCUUGAGUUCUCUAUGGCGAGUCGUGAUGUGUGCAAGUCGUUCUGGAAGAUGUGUGUAGAGUACCACGCUUUCUUCAGAUUGGCUGAGGAGCCCAAGGCAGUACACAAAACACUACUGUCCUGUAAGGGCUCCAGCUUCAGAUACAGUGGACGAACACAGAAGCAGUUGCUUGAGUGCAUGGGAUCAGGGGAGAAAAAGCCUUUGCACUUUGAGAGAACUCACUGCCAGUCUGACUUUGAUCCAAGACAGUGCAGGUCAUCUCCUGAUCUCCUGACAGAUGUCUCCAAACAACUGUAUGAACAUUCUCACCCGUUUCAGCGGGCGGGUCACGCCUUGGCAGUCCACAGUCAGGACGAGUUUGAGCCCCAUCAUCGAGGUGCCACUGAUGUUGAAAUGGAGCGGGGAGGAGCUAAACGCAGCUAUUCAACUGUUGAGGUCACCCAGAGGUACCAUCCUCUCUCCCAGGCUGCUUCCCACUCCUCAUCUCUCCACCAGUCAACUCCAUCUCCGAAGAUGAGGUCAGCGUCGACAUCCAUCAUGGAUGACGUGAGCGGUGGGCGCAUCGGGGCAUACCGCCAAGCCCAAAGGUUAGCUGGUGUUUAUGGCAACCGGUCACGGCGUCGACCCAAUCCUCAACCACACCCGGAUGCUGCACAGCAACUGGUUCUUCUAUAUCCAAACAACCCUGCCUACCAGUAUCACCCUGUCCUCCCAACAUUUCCAUUCGCUGGUUCCUCACCACUCAACCGUCAUCCCUACUUGACGGACUACGUUGCCGUCUCAUCCCUGGAACGUUUCCCAAUGGCAAGAAGGCGAGAUUAUGUGCCAGUGGACAGUCUAUCGAGACAGCCCUUCUACCCAUUAGGUCAUGAUUCUCCGAGUCAUUCACCAAUCAGGAGAAACCUUCGCCCCUCUGGAUCAGGCGGGCUGGGAUUGGCUAGAGUUUACCAGCAAGGAAGCAAUGGCUCAAGGUUUUUGGGUGUUGGACGGACAGAGGCAGGUCAUUACAGUGAUGACUCCAACUUCCUCCCAGGGCUUCCCCGUCGCGUGGCCAGUCAACCAGAUGUCAAAUUCCAUCUGUCAAGGGGUUCAAACCCUGCUUUUAAUCCAGCUUCUGAGUUCCGUCCCCUUGGUUACUACCCCCAUCUCACACGGCCGUCCAGACCCACCUACCUCCCACUAAAUUCUUCUCCUCUGCCCGAACGUCCCACUUCACUUUGUAUGAUUGGAGGUGCUGCAGGAAGUUACAGUGACUCAGACCCAGAGGUUUUCUACCCUUAUUACUGCCCACCACCUCCCCUGGGGAGGAUGGCACGGCCCUCUGGACUUGCCAGAAUGAGAUUCUCCUCUGGUAGCCUCCAACUUGAUGAGGAGGAAGAGGAAGAAGAAGAUGCAGCAGAAAAGGAGAAAGUGAAAAAGGAGUUGAUGGGUGAAGUGAAGAAAGAAGGACAACAAGAUAGAGAUAAGACAAAAAGUCCUGCAAAGAUCACGGAGGUCACGAUCUGAGAAAAAAAUACUAUAUACACACACACACACACUUUAGAAACAGAUAUUAUUUCAGUAUUUAUUAAAUGCUUACAAAAAUGAAAGGCCGGUGUAAAAACACAUCCACCAUAUACUGCAAACUAAUGUAGUAAAUGUGAUUUUGUAUGUAUGAAAUUGUAGUGAUUUGUCGAGUCAAAUGGCAGAUGAAAUGUAUUUUUUUGCCUUGUAUUAACAAGAACCUCAAGUUGUGAAAGCUCAGAGAGUGCUGUUGAGAAACCACAUUACUGGUGCAACCUCAUACCGUACAUGUUUGAGAUGGUUUUAUUAUAGCUCUCCUAGUGUUAAACUAGGCAUUAAUCAAGCCAUGCAUGCCUCACCAGUUGCUAUAAGAGUUACUGAUUCUACUCCACAAACAUUUCUACAAAGCGGACAAAGCUACAAAACUAAAACAAGUUGUAACGAACUGCAGUUCAAAUAAUAAGCACUGUUUGUGGAAAUGAGAUGAAGAAACAGUUUUCUUGUUUGUCAGUUGUGCAUUGGUGGGGUUCGAAAACAAAUUUCUAGUUUGGUAAUGUAAAUUAUAAUUUGUAUGAAUGGUUCUUGUGAAAAAUGUGAACUGAAAGCCUUGUUACUUUUAAAUAACAAUUUGUAAAUAAAGAAUUAAGCAAAUAAAGAAAUUACUCAAUAUAAGUUUACACCACUUUAAAAAGUCAGU